CCCCACUGACUUACGGAUUACUGGCUCCCGGAGUUUUCUGCAAUGCUGCCACGGUGGCCCCUCACAGGAGACCAGCAUCUCAGCACGGGACCUUGUGCUCCUCCACGGCUCUUCAGGCUGAACUGAAGAUCCCUCUUAUUUGCGGGGUGCCAAGAACUAUGAACAGACAGGACAACAGAAGGGCAACAAAAGAAGGACCCAGUGAUCUGAACCAGAACCUCUGUCUGCCAAAAAAUAGGUCAUGGCCUCGAAUCAACAGCACCGCAGGCCAGUACCGGGCUGUCGACGAGCCUCCUCUCGAAUGUGAAAGGAACUUUGCUGUGGCAGCUCUGGAUGGAGCAAAAGACUACAGGGAUGGUGACUACGAAGACCCUGAGCUUCAUGUGGUAGAGGCGUGGAAAUCGAUACAAAUAUUACCAGCCAGGCCUAUAAAGGAAUCAGAAUAUGCAGACACACGCUAUUUCAAGGGUGUGAUGGACACUCCCCAUCCCUUAGACACCAAGACCUCUGUCCCCACAGAGCGCCAUCCCUGGCACACACAGAUGGGGCUGGAAAAAGUGGACAAACCCAUUUUCAAGGAUUCCAGAAGCCAACAUGUUAAAGGAGACAGACCCACAAAGGGAAACAAGACUCCUUUACCACCUCCUCGGCCACCUGUCACUCUCCCAAAGAAGUACCAGCCCUUGCCCCCCCGGCCGGAGAGCCGCCGGUCACCCCUCCCUCAGAGGAUCAGCUUCCCUGACGUCCAGAAAGGUCCCAGGCAGAUAAACUUAAAGGACUUAAGUGAGGUCCUUGGAACAGAGAGAGUUCCUCAUUACCAGAUGAAGCCUGAAUCAAUUCACCUGUCACAAAAUCAAAGCACUCCAGAGAUUCCUCUUGCCAUUGCCAGCUCGCCAUUCAUGACCAGGAACCACAGUGUACAAAACAGAGAUCAUAAAGAAAGCAUGCAGUUUCAUCCUCCUCAGAGAUGUCAGUCUCCAGCCCGCUUCAGCUCUCAGGAAAAUUUGCUUCACCAUAAAAACACAAGCUGGAGAAAACCUUUCCCUACGAGGUCUGAUGCAAAGGAUGUCCAGCAGAGUGACUGGUACAUCGGAGAACAAAGCCGCAAGGCAGUAGAAGAGGCAUUAAGGAAGGAGAACAAGGACGGCACUUUCUUGGUCCGAGACUGCUCCACGAAAUCCAGGGCAGAACCCUACGUGCUGGUGGUGUUUUAUGGGAACAAAGUCUACAAUGUGAAAAUCCGUUUCCUGGAGAAGAAUCAGCAGUUUGCCCUGGGGACAGGACUGAGGGGAGAUGAGAAGUUUAAUUCAGUGGAAGACAUCAUUGAACACUACAAGUAUUUCCCCAUCGUACUAAUUGAUGGGAAAGACAAAACCGGAAUCCACAGGGAGCAAUGCUACCUGACUCAGCCCCUCCCCCUCAGCAGGUGCGUCUCACCUUGGUAGUCGGGAGUUUGGUUUUCUCUGCAGUUCACUGGAUCCAAGACCUCUACCCACUUUUCAUUUAUUUCAAAAGACGAUUUUUCUGUGGCUUCGAGGGAUCACUUCUUUGACUUCGGAGAAAAGGGAAACCUUCUAUAAUGGAAAUUGGAAAAUCGAUCUCGGUUUUGAAAGUUCAAACCACAGAAGAAAUAUUGAUAAGAAGCAAAAAUAAAAGCAGGCUUUUAAAAAAUAUCUUCUAAAGAGAAAACCAUAAACGUGGUCGCCAUGCUUCCAGGUGAGAAAUAAAGGUGAGGAGAAGCUUUGCUUAGAUGUUUGCAGCUAGCACGGGACAAAUCUAUGUGAGACUCCCGAAUCUAUGCUCUUUAUAGGACCUGGUCCUGCCUUCAUUUCAGAAGCGGUAGGACCUUGUGAAGGUACAAUGUUUUUGAGAUUCCUUAUGCUGAAGACGUUGGUGAAUGUAAGCUCUAUUUUAUUUGUAAUCCUGGAAACUCAACCGUAGAGAAGGAAUGUAGCAGAAAAGGAGAGUGUUUGCAAAUAUCACCCAUAAGACAGAAAUCAAAACGCUUUUACUCCAGGGGUGAAAGGGCCAUGGGCCCAGUCUCCAGGACUCUGUUUGGAGUGGCUUUAAGACAAACGGAAUUAGCAGAUUCGUAGUAAGGGAGUAAGCCUAAGUCUGAGAGAAAGUAAUUUUUUUUUAAUUCCAAUUAUGGACUUCCCUUCAAAGGAAGAGAAGUGUCCUCAGAUUAGUGCCACUUUGAAGGAACAUUGCACGCCCCCUGAUACUGUCCCCUCCUAAAGCUAAGAGGAUAUUAUUUUAUUACUAUUUUACAAUACAAAUGAGGAAUAAGAGGCUCAAAGAGGUUACUGGUCUCACUCGAUGUAAGAAGGGAGCCCCCAUCUUUAUGCAUUUUGCCUGGCUCCAUCCAAGCACACCUUCCCAGGUACAUUUCCCUGUGGAAUUUUACCAUCAGGUUGAAAAGCUGAAUUAAAGAGAGAGACACCAUUUGAAAACAGAUUUCCCCGCAUUGAAAAAUAUAAAUAAAUAAACUCUUUAGUGGAGUACGUUUAAAAAAAAAGAGAGAGAGAGAGAGAGAGAGAGUUCUGGUUGAAAUCAAUCUACAAAAUGACUUCAAAUGUUACCAAAGUCUAUACAUGAAAUUUACGGAAUAUUUACACAAGAGUAGCUUUAAGGCAGAAGUAAAAUGAAAAUAGAUUUAGAAGGGGAGAGAUGACAAUGGGAACCUUGCUCAGGAUUAUCUCAUCUAAAAUAGCAGCCACGGACUGCUCUGAGAGGAACUCUGAGAGUCUACCUACCAACCGGAAAACCGUCCAGGCUCAGCUUUCUCAAGAUCAGUGGGAAAUUAUGCCUCUAAGUCAGGUCAGGAGCCUUAGAUGAAGCUCUUUGUCAGUGAGAGCUCCAGAUACCCCACUGAGCCUCCCUUCCAGCGCACCUGCACGGGGUAACAUAGGGACCAAGAGGUGAGCGUGUCCAAACUGCGGCUUGGCUACUAAGGAGCGUACUGCUCAGAGCUGAAGGCAGUAUGGUGGCUGGACUUGGGCAGACCCAGGCCGGUGUGGAAAAAGACCGCAGAGGCCCCAGCUCUAGCUCAGGAAGAAUCUGAGCCUCCCUCUACAAAGCUAUCGGGAGAUGCCUGGGACCUCUGAUUCACUUGUUCUCACCAUUCAACACUGUGUGCUCAAGAAAUGUCUGAGUCUCCUCAAGCACUAGCGUUGUUAAAACGGAUGAGCAUCAGCUGGUGGCUGGCAUUUAUGAGGCUUAUGUUUUUCAAAAUGUUUUAUUCAUAAAUGCCUGACAUGAUGGGGAGAGGAAAAGGAGGCAGAAAUCAACCAUCUUAAAAUAAAAAGCCCACCAUGCUUAUCCAUAAUGAAAAUCUCUGGAAAGAAAGACAGAAUUCAAAAUAUUGACGGGGUUGUUUUUUAGAUGAUUAGGGUUUGAGGGACCAUGUUAGCUGGGUCUUCUGGAACUCAGAUGCCCAAGACAGGAGUCAGAAGUGCAAACAUUUGUUACAGGUAAUGCCUGAGAAAGAUAAGGGGUGAAGGGAAGCAAUAAGACUAGGCAGGGAGAGCCUUCGGGCUGUGACGUGGUCCCCUAUGAGAGGAGAGAGAGAAGGAGGGAGAUGGGGGUAAGAAAACCAUCCAGCUGAGAUGCAGCUCUGGGAGACUCCUGGCCAGCUCGCUGGUAUGAUCCAGAGCAAAGAUUGCUCAUAGAGGAUAGAGUCCCAUGUGAGGCAGAAAUGACUAGGUCUUCGUACACACAACAGCAUGUAAGUCAUUCCCAGAGACCGCCCAGGGAAAACACAACCUUCAGAUGCUGGGGGAGAUCCAGAAGCUGCUGCAGAGGAAGGCUGUCAGAUAACCCACUCAUCAGCAAGUUCCACUUUCAAGGGAGAGCCAAGUGGCCCACCACCAUGCCCGCCACAGAGACUCUUGUUUCCAGUGUUGAUUGUAAUAAGGACAUACUGCUUAUAAAUAUUACUGAAGAAUAAGGAUAU